CUGCAAAUUGGACAAGCUAACUUGCAACUUGGAAAUGCAUGCUGGGAAUUAUUCUGCUUGAAACAUGAAGUUACGCCAGAUGGGCGAUCAAAAUCACAAAUGAGGAUUUGGGAUUAUUCUUUCAUGAAGACCAUUUGUUCCCCGUGCUUGGAACCGACGGUCAGAGAUGAAGUUCGUAAUGGAACAUAUCGUCAGCUGUUUCACCCAAAACAAUUUAUCACAGGCAAAGAGGACGCAGCCAACAACUAUGCACGUGGCUACUACACUGUUGGUCGCGAGAUGCGUAACCUAGUACUUGAUAAGUUUCAAAAGUCUGCAGACCAGUAUGAUUCACUUCAAGGCUUUUGGUUUUACAAUGCGCUUGGCGGCGGCACUGGAUCUGGUCCGAACGCAUCGCUUAUCGAACGACUUGUCGUAGAUUAUGCGAAGAAAACCAAACUUACGGAUUCCAAGAUUCUAACCCAAAAUGAUAUUCUGCUUAAACUUGAAGUUAAGCCAGAUGGGCGAUCAAAAUCACAAAUGAGGAUUUGGGAUUAUUCUUUCAUGAAGACCAUUUGUUCCCCGUGCUUGGAACCGACGGUCAGAGAUGAAGUUCGUAAUGGAACAUAUCGUCAGCUGUUUCACCCAAAACAAUUUAUCACAGGCAAAGAGGACGCAGCCAACAACUAUGCACGUGGCUACUACACUGUUGGUCGCGAGAUGCGUAACCUAGUACUUGAUAAGUUUCAAAAGUCUGCAGACCAGUAUGAUUCACUUCAAGGCUUUUGGUUUUACAAUGCGCUUGGCGGCGGCACUGGAUCUGGUCCGAACGCAUCGCUUAUCGAACGACUUGUCGUAGAUUAUGCGAAGAAAACCAAACUG